AUGUAAAUGGAUUUAUAUAAAGAAAGAUAAUAAUCUAAUGAAAAUUCCUAUCAAUUUAAAGCUGUAGAAGCAUUCUAAUCAUUAAUACAAUAUAUGAAUGAAUUAACAGAUAUUAUGAAUAAGAUUAAAUUAAAGAAUGAAGCUGAAUUCAUAAAUGCUUAUCAUAAUCACAUGUAAAAAAUCAAAGAAGAAUUAAAGGAAUUACGAAAUAAAAUAGAAGAACAAUAAGGAAUUUAAAAUUAGAAUAAAAUAAAAGUAACUAGUGGUGAUAAUGAAUUAGUAAUCAAUAUUUUAAAUAAUAAGGUUUAUUUUAGAGAAGAAUGUCUUAAAUUAUAUUAAAAAGUUGAAUUAAAAAAUAAAGAAAUAUAUGAAUUAAAAUAUAAAUUGGGAGAACUAUAAAAAACUAAUGAAUUUUUAGAAUAAUAAAUCAAAUCAUUAAUUAAAAAAGUUAAAUAGACAGAAAUUGAUAAAGAAUUGUUACCAAAUAUAUAAUUAGAUUAAACAUUUUGUACUACUACUCCUGCUAAAUAAUAUAGUAUAAUUAUGUUAUAUAAUAGAAUCUCAUAAAAGAAGAUUAACUGAUUAUUAGUCUAAAGUUGAAUUGAGUUCAUCUUUAUCUAAACAUCAUUAUUCUUCUAUUAAAGAAAUGUUUCCAACAGAUGAAUUGCAGAAAGAUAUUGUAAAAUAUGAAGAUUUUCUUGAUAAAAUAACUAAGUAUUUAAGAAUAUUAUUAGAUAUAUAACCAUAAUUGAAUAAAAAUAUUAAAAUUAAAAUAGAAUCCUAAAUGAAAAAGUUUAAAAACUUCUAAUAUCUUAAAACAAGAAAAGUAUAAUUAGAAGUGAUUUGGAAUACUUUUUUUUAGAGUGUGUAGAAACUGUUAGAAAAGAAAUAUAGAAAAAAAGACCUUUGACAAAUUUUUAAUAAUAUCAAUCUUAUUUAGAUUCAAUGCAAGAUUUUUCUUAAUUCUAUAAAGAAGAUAAAAUCAAGAUUUUAGAAUUAGUAGUUAGUAAUGAAAAAUUAUUAGUUUUUAUCUACUAGAAACUAUUUCCUAAUCAUGUUAAUUUAGUUCUUUAAUCUAUAAAAGAAGAUACACAUCUUAAAAGCUUAUUAGAUUAAAAUCCUAAAAAUUCCAUUUUAAAUAAUGAUGAGAUUGUUAAUUUAAAUUAACUUGUGACAAAUUAUAAAGUUGAAGUACCUAAGACAACAAGAGAAGUUAGAUCAGUAUCGUUAAAUAAAUAGUUAGAAGUGAGAAAAGGGAAAUUAUUAUUUAAAUAAUAUUGA